AUGGCGAGCGAUAACGGCUACGAGAAUUUGUUGGCUUCGCUGAUUGUCGACAUCAAAUCAUACUCCGGAAAAGACAAUCUUCUUCCCUGGAUCCGAGGUAUUAAGAAGAUGAAAGAGAGCUUGCCGCCUCAGAUAUUGAACGAGAAGCUGCCGCGGUUUCUGCAGAAGUGUGCACAGUCAUUUGAAUCUGAUAAGAGAUACAGGAACGAUUCUCGCUAUAUUCGCGUUUGGUUGCAGCUGAUGGACUUUGUAGACGAUCCAAAAGCUCUCUUAAGAACCAUGGAAGCAAACAGUAUAGGGACCAAGAGGUCACUGUUCUACCAGGCAUAUGCACUCCAUUAUGAGAAGAUGAAGAGAUUCGAGGAGGCUGAGAAAAUGUACAGUCUUGGGGUACAAAACCUUGCAGAACCCAUGGAUGAGUUACAGAAAUCAUACUUGCAAUUCCUUGAUCGCAUGGAGAGGCACAAAAGGAAAAAGACACAGCGUCAGGGGAUGAAACUGUCUGAAAAGCAGCAGAAGGUUGAGAGGCAACAACAUGAGCCUAGAUCAGCUAAGAAUGAUGAUGCGCCAGUGUUGAAUUUUGUUGAUAAAGCCAUUGUAGGAAAGCCUGAAGCAGAAAAUGCUUGCCACCACGGUUUGGUGGAUCCCACAAUAAACAUGAAGGAAGCCAUGAACGCAAUCAACAGAAUGUUUAAAGAGCCUAUUGAAACUGCUCCACUUAAGAGAAGAUCACACAGAGGUCAAGACAGAGAAAAUCAAGGACGCAAUAGCGGAUUUGAAGUUUUCGUGGACGAGAGUCUUGAAAGUGAAACAAGCACAAGAGGAAAAGCAAAGACUGGUACUACUCAGGGAUCCCAGCCUAAUCAAGAGUCCUUUGAGAUAUUCAUCGAUGAUGAAAACGAUGAUGACAUUACGGAUGAAAAUGAUGAGGCCGGGAAAGGUUUUGUGUUUCUCCAACCAAGAGACCAUUCACCUGAAAGCUCCGAAGAAGCAGACAGAAACAGUCUUCCUCGAGCUAGAUUCAGAGAAGACACAGUCGUACGUAGGUUUGUUGGUUCAACCAUCUCCGAUGAGCCAGCAGUUGAAAACGUCUGUCACCAUGGCCUUGUGGACCCAACGGUCAACCUAAAGGAAGCUAUGGAGGACAUAAACAACAUGUUUGGCGAACCAAUAGACUUUGUUAGACCUAAACGCUCGAAAAACAAAGGGAAAGCAGUUGAAGAAACGAAGCCAAAUCCUGCUGCAGGUUUCUCAAUUCUUGAGGAUGAUGAUGAUGAAGAGGAAGAACAUCAAGGGAGUAGCCGCCCGGCUCAGGUAUCACCUUCGAAGUCAAACGAGCGUGAUCUGUUUGAGCCAACAGUGUGCACAAAAGUAGCCUUGGAUGAGAUCAACAAAUUGUUCGCAAUGCCAAUGGACUUCUAA